GGCGGGAAGGUUAGUUUGAAGAGGGCAGGCUUUCCACGAUGACAGCGCUUUCCCUCUCAUCAUUUCCCCGUAACAAAAAAAAAACACUUCAAAAUCCAGUGGAAUAAGAAUUGCCGGAGAAAUCAGUUGGGCCAAAACAGCGCCGAUUGACGGAAAGAAAAUCAAAAGUCGGAAGAAUAUAAGAGCAAGAAGAAACGUUGUUUUCUGGGUUUUGGGCCGUAGUUUGAGAUGGCUGCCACUCUCCGGAAACUUGCAGUAUUUGUGUCAGGCAUGUGGAUCUGCCUCCUGCUCCUCAACCCCUUUCCACAAACCGGGGCAGUGGUUGGGCACAGAGAGCCGUUGCCUGACGACAGUAGAGACAACAUCACCAUUUUCACCCGGAUCCUGGACAGACUGCUGGAUGGCUACGACAACCGCCUGCGCCCCGGGCUGGGAGCAGAGAGUGUGACGGAGGUGAGGACAAAUAUCUACGUGACCAGCUUUGGACCGGUGUCAGACACAGACAUGGAGUACACCAUCGAUGUGUUCUUCCGUCAGAGCUGGAGGGAUGAGAGGCUGAAGUUCGACGGGCCCAUGCAGGUCCUGCCUCUUAACAACCUCCUGGCCAGUAAGAUCUGGACUCCAGACACCUUCUUCCACAACGGGAAGAAAUCUGUGGCCCACAACAUGACCACGCCCAACAAACUGCUACGACUGGUGGACAACGGUACCCUGCUUUACACUAUGAGGCUGACCAUCCAUGCUGAGUGUCCCAUGCACUUGGAGGAUUUCCCCAUGGAUACACACGCCUGUCCUCUGAAGUUUGGAAGCUAUGCAUAUACCAACAACGAAGUUGUCUAUAUCUGGACCAAAGGAGAUGAAGAUUCUGUAGUCGUAGCGAAGGAUGGUUCAAGGCUAAACCAGUAUGAUCUACUAGGCCACGAUAUUGGGAAAGAAUCUAUGAGUUCCAGCACAGGAGAAUAUGUAGUGAUGACAACGUAUUUCCAUUUGAAAAGGAAAAUUGGCUAUUUUGUGAUUCAAACCUACCUCCCGUGCAUCAUGACUGUCAUCCUGUCUCAGGUCUCCUUCUGGCUAAACAGAGAGUCGGUUCCCGCCCGCACUGUAUUCGGGGUCACAACAGUUCUGACCAUGACAACCCUGAGUAUCAGUGCCAGGAACUCCCUGCCCAAGGUGGCCUAUGCUACAGCUAUGGACUGGUUCAUGGCAGUAUGCUAUGCCUUUGUCUUCUCUGCCCUGAUAGAGUUUGCCACAGUUAACUACUUCACCAAGCGCAGCUGGGCAUGGGACGGCAAGAAGGAGGCCCAGGAGAUGAGGAGAAGAGAAUCUGCCUCCCUUUCCAAAAAGGCCAAUAACACAUUCAACAUUGUCGGAACUACCUACACCAUCAACGUGGUUAAGGACCCAGGUUUAACCACCGUCUCAAGGAGUGCCACCAGAGCUACACACCACCACCACCACCACAGCCACAAGGUCCCUAAAAUGGACGACUCAUACGUUGAAGCCAUAAAGUCCUACAACCGCGUCAGCAGAGUGGACAAGAUCUCACGCAUCAUCUUCCCAGUGCUGUUCUUCAUCUUCAACCUGGUCUAUUGGGCCACGUACAUCAACAGCAAGCCACGCGCCAUCCUCUCCCCCAGGUCCACCACCCACAAUUAGAGUCUCCCCGACAAACUAUUAGGCUGAGGUGGCAGGAGGCCAAGAGAUCCACGACAUGUUAUUGUAUCAUUGUUUUUGGACUUCAUUUUGAUAUUUGCAAGUCUCAAUAGGUCAAAGACAAACAUUCUCUUAGAUUUGUAUGUACAUAGUCAAACUAUAAAUGCUCAUUUGUUGUUUCCUGAUUAUAUGUUUCUUUGAUAGAAUAGCCGGAUGGUGUUUUGGAUAUGCUUUCUCUUCACUCUGACAUGAUAAGGGGGAGCAUGUGUUUGAAUCCUUCAUGAUAGCUCAUUACAGAGGAUCAGGUCCUGGUGCAUCACACACACACACACACACACACACACACACACACACACACACACACACACACACACA